UACAUCAAAGGUGCCGAGAGAGAGUUGCGUUACUUUAUGUAUAUGUACUGUUAAUGGUGUCGACGCUGUACAUGUUCGAAGCCACUCACUUCAAGAAUUGAGAAUUGCUUCAGUGGUAAAGUUUCAGCCAGUUAGGCUGCAAGGCCAAUAAAUUUAAGAAGAAGAAGUCAGUCCGGACUGACUUUACAAUUAGUACGGGCAAUAUUGAAUUGAGUUAAUCCGCAUCAACUUGAUCUUCUGAUUAAACAAAAUAAGCAAGACGUUUGAAUUCAUUCAAUCAAUGGUGAUAAUUUCGUCAGAUAACAAGAAAAUAAAGCAAUUAAUUCUCUCAUAUACUUGCACCUUCACAACUGACACAUAAUAUUUACCAAAUGUCUUAUUUACGGGCAAUUCAAAAAAUACCAGGCGAUACUGCCAAUGAGAAAUUACGUUGGAUCGGAAGAUUGACUUUGUACCAGAGCAGUAGUGAUCUUGAACAACUUCCACCAGAAUUACUGCCUAUAUUAAAUGUAGAAACUGCCAUCAAAAAAAAGAAACAUGAAGAUAUAACAUUUGCUCUUAAGUGCGAAGACUCAGCGAUAAUAAACCGUGCCUUUAAAGCCUUUUGGUUUUUUGAUGGUAGCCAUAAAGAAAUUGUUAACGUCAGGUAUUUUUUCGAACAUCUUUUCCCUUACGUUUCUAUAAACACAAGAACACGUAUUGUACUAACACUUGCACAUCAAUUGUCUGGCAAGGAUCCAAUUUUUGCGCAGGAAAUAUUUACAGAAAUUGUAUCGAUUUAUGGCAUUAAAACCGCUUAUCCGUUGAUCAUAGCUUGCAAUGAGACUUUCGCUUAUAAAAUAAUUGUGCAGAAGGAAUUAGUGUUGCCUAAAAAAAUUGUUAAAAAGAUCUUUUAUAUCAAUCCGGAUUUGGUAGUGCGUUUUCUCAAAUUAUUGAAACCCUGUGAACUAAGUGCGACUGAGCGUACUUCCUUCGCGAUCGGUAUUGACAGAUACAAAUCUUUCCUCCCUAAAUUAAUAAAGAAACGACUGGAGGCUUUUAUAGAACUGUUUGAGAUUCAUGAAACUUCUCCACCGAAUAUUAUUUUGAGCAACAAGUGCGCCGAAAUAUUUCUUAAGAAAGCUCAGCAACACCUGAUACAAAAGCCACAGUUAUAUAUUCGUAUCUUACCACUCAAAAAAAUUAAUAAGGAUUUAAUGGAAAAAGUUUUCCCUGGUCUGUUGCCUCCAACAAUGUCUGAGUUCCGUACAGAUGAUAUGCUCGGGUACUUGAAACAUUAUCCAUGUGAUAAACAAUACGAUUUGCUUCGUAAAUCAUACAAGGAUAAAUAUAACGUUGAUCUUCUUGACGAAACAAAAAAUGUCACGACUGCCUUAUUACAGUUAUUACCUGUCGAGGAACGGAUCAAACAGACUAAAAUUAAAAUUAUUGAGGAGCUGAACUUAGAUGAGAAUCGUUAUAAAGUCUAUAUGGAAUUCGAUAAACUAUAUAAACCUAGUGUAAACCUUUCGUUCCUAAAAAAAGAUUUGAUUUGUUGUUUACCUGUUAACGAAGUUAUUCCGUUUUUCAAAGAAAUAUUAAAUGUAACUAAAGAAGAAAAAGUUAGAAUUGAUCUCCUUUUGCAAAUGAUCAAUGUUUGUAAUGUUAAUAAAGAUGAUAAUGCCUUGUUCGAUGUCUUAACAUAUUUUUUAGAUAGACAUAAAAACGAAACCUUGUAUGUGUUCACAAGAAUAUUCGAUCAACUUUCAGAAAUAAACAAGUUACCUUAUUCAAAUGAACAGCUGAUUUCUCUUGUAUUAGACAUUGUUCAAUUAUGUUAUAUAAAAAAUCAAUUCAUACCGGAAAAGAUACUUGUGGCUACAAUACAUUUCAAACUUAUACACAAUAUGCCAAUUGAGGGGUUGAUCAAUAUGCUUUUAGAAAAGCGAUGUUUUAACAUACUUAAAGAAUAUCCACAAUAUGAGAGACAAUGUCUCGUAACUUUCGCAAAUCAAAUUGAAAAAAAAUAUUUUGAAUUAAUGAAACCAAUUAAUAAAAAAUCUUUUGAAUUAAUGAAAACAAUUAAUAAAAAAAUUUUCUGCCAAUUUUUUGAAGCAAUAUAUGAUUUUAACAAUAGAUAUAAAAAAUCGUGCAUCAAAAUAGAAAAAAUGACAAUUAGAGAUUAUCCUUGGUUAAUGGAUGCCAUUUACAGAAUUCUACGUUUUUAUGAAAAUUAUAACGUAAAAAAUAUAUUGCAGAAAAAUGAACCAGAACUGUACUGCAGUUGGUUUCCUUCAAAUAUCGCAAAUGUAACGUCAAACGCGGCGCUCGCUCGAUUGAAACGAGAUUUACGAAACAUACUGGAUAAUUGGGAAGAAUAUUUAGCAAAUUGCAUGAAGAACUAUAAUAUAAAACAUGUACAACGCUUUAUCAAGGCCACGCGAUGGUAUAAAGACUUGCCCAUUAAAUUUUUUGAACGUUGCACGAAUUAUAUUUACGAUGAAAAUUCAAAUAAAAUAUCAUCAAGCCUAGUUGUCUUGGCUCUUCUAUGUCAUGGUGAUGAAUUGACAAAACUGAUCGAUCCUUUCAUACCCACAGAAACAACGAUAGAUAUCAAUCAUUCCAAUGCUAAAAAUAACUAUAAAAUUAUAAAAUAUUUACCAUUGAGCAUGAGACUUUCUAAUCCACCAAUACCUCUCGAUCUCAUAGUUAGAUUGUGUGUAGGAGAUUAUUUAUCAAUAGCUUUGAUGACACUAACAAGUGUAAGUAGGCGAACUUCUUUGCCUAAAGUUAUAUCAACUGUACAAAAAUUGACGAGUAUGCGUGUGAGCACACGUAAGCAUGGAGUUAGGCUGAUGUAUUUGAUAGCGACUAAGCAUGAGCUUACAGAUUUUCUCCAGAAAGCAUUGGAAACCGAGAAGCAUCAUUCAAUACGACAAGUUUUAUUGCAUACGUUCCAAAAAUAUUUUCUUAAAGAGCUAAAUCCUGAAACAUGGUCUCUAUAUUGUCAAACUAUACCGACGUUGAGUUUCGAUGAAAAAACAUUGCUGCUUUCAGAGAUGAAGCUAUUUCCCGAGAUCCCUAAUGAAUACGUUACAAGAUUUCUGGAUCUAUGGCUCAAAACGAUAGACGAUUUUCAAGGAUUGGACGACAAAAGCAAAAACGAAUACAUUGCCGAUUUCUUAGAAACACUUACUACAUCUAUUUUCAAUCUUUUAUCAGAAGAAUUUGCUGAAAAUCUACUUCGAAGAUUUUUAUUCCAUAUCGAUAUUGUUGUAUCCGACGAAGCAAGACGUUUCACAAUAUCGCAUAUUUUAUUUGAUCAGGAUAAAUAUGCAGCACGCUUUAAAAUAUUUGCUGACCUCUUUCGUAACGCAGUGGUAACUUAUUGGAAUGUACCCCAUCCUGAAAAAUUAUAUAUCUAUCCAAUCAACCGAGCCGUGCGUUUAUUCGUAAAUGAUUUCAUUAUUAGCUACAUCAAUGAUAAGUUUUACCGUAAUAAAUUUAUUAACCUAGAAGUUAUCGAUGACAUACAAAUGAUAUUUCUAUCUGUCUUAUCACCCAGCCAGGACGCAAAGUCUUAUUUGUUGUUGACAUACGCAAAGACGUUGCAAGAAUCAACCAAGAACUCUUUUGGCCUGAAACUCGGGCAGCAGUUACAUGAAUUAAUUAACAUUUUCUCACCGCUAUUAGUCUCGUUUAUGGUUGAGAUUCUCGAGUACUUCUUAGACGAAGUAUACAAAGAUUCCGAACUGGAAGAAGUCAAACUUAGUGUCAUAGAAGGUCUCAUUGAAGCUGGUAAUACGCAUUCCUGUUUUAUGGCUGUGAAUAUGUUACCUUCAACGAUCCAUACGAAACACAUGGCAAGAUACGAUCGAAUCAUUGAAAAGUUACGAGGAAUGCAUGAGGAGCUUGCUACCAUGACUGUUUUAUGCAAUUAUUUAAAUAAAACGCACUUGAAAAUUGUUUAAACGAAUCGAGUGAGUUAUAUAUUGUUGUGUAUCCUCCGCGAUAAUAUUUUGUUACGAUAAAUAAUGACAUUUUC